AUGUGCGUUCAUGCCCACGAUCGUUCUUCCAAGGAAGCCGAGAAGGCCGCCAAGGCCGCGCAGUCGCCCGAGGCCACGGGAGGCGGCGCCGACGCUGCGCCAAAGGCCGCCGAGGAGGACAAGCAGAGCUACAAGCCGGGCGGGGGUGGCUUCUUCGCCAGACGCCAGGCCGAGACCUGCUUCCUGCCACCCGAGGGCGCCUCGAGCGACGCCGCGCCUGGGGCCGGCAGCGAGGCCUCGGGGGCGUCGGCCGAGGCGGGCGGCGUCGCCCGGCCCCCUGGCCGCGGGGGCUUCUUCGCCCGCUUCAACAAGGUCCGCGAGGGCGAGGCUGAGGCCGAGCCUGCGGCCGCGGCCAGCGGCUCCGCCGCCCCCGCCGACGCGGCGGGCGCCGCGGCCGGCAGCUCCGCCGAGCCCGCGCCCGCGGCGGGCGCGGCCGCCGCGGCGGGCGGAGCCUACCAGGCCGGCGGCGGCGGCUUCUUCGCCCGCAAGCGCGCGGCCGCGGCCGCGGCCGGCGUGGACGAGGGCGCGGCGCCGCAGGCGGCGCCCAAGCCCGCGGCGCGGCCGCCGAGGCUCUCGGACCUGCCGGUGCCGGCGCCGUCGGCGGAGCAGGCGGCCGCCAUCGCAGCCGCGGAGGCGCCGCUCGCAGGCGUGGCGGCGGUGAAGGCGGAGGAGACCUACCAGGCUGGCGGCGGCGGCUUCUUCGCUCGGCGUCGUGGAGCCGGCGCUGCCGCCAGCGGCAGCGGCGGCGGCGCGGCCGCCGGGGGGGGCAGCGAGCCGUCGGCGGCCGUGAAGAGCUUCUUCGGGAAGAAGACGGCGGAGGAGAAGGCCGCGGAGAAGGCCGCGGAGGAGAAGAAGGAGGCCGAGGAGAGGGCCGCGAAGGCUGCCGCCGCCGAGGAGGCAAAGGCGGCCGAGGAGGCCACCAGAAAGGCCGAGGCGGAGAAAGCUGCCGCGGCCAAGCAGGCCGCAGCCGAGAAGGCAGCCGCUGCAAGGGCAGCUAAGAUGGAGAUUCCCCCUGACAAGCUGGCGGCGCUACAGGUUCUCGGCCUCUCGGUCGAGGAAGGAGUAAAGAUGGGCAUCAUCCCGAAGGAGUGCCUGGAUCCGCCCACGGCCAGCGAGGAUGUCGACAAGGGGAAGCGAAAGUCAGACCUGGAGGAGCUCCGCAAGGCCAAGGCCGCGCGCUUCGCGGCCGCCAAGUCGGGGAGGGCCGAGGAGGCGAAGGGCCCCGCGGGACCCGCGGAGGACAACGCCUCCAAGGCUGUCGAGGUCUGCAGCGACGAGGCGCUGGUGGACGCGAUCAGCGCCUGCGUCGCCUUCGGCGCGGGCGCUUCUGGCGAGGCCCGCGUGCUCGCGGCACAGGCGUCGGACGCCGCGUACUUGGUGAGCGACGCCGUGUUCUGGGCCCUGCUGCGGAGGCUCUCCGUGGAGGUGGCCGCGCUGGAGAAGGACGCGAAGGACGUGACCGACUUCUGGGCCGCGGCGCCCAGUAGCGCUGAGGCGGCGGUGAAGUACGCCACGGAGAGAGGCUAUCUGCUCCCCGAGGGCCUCACGUCGCCCACCGCGGACUCCACGUGGAGGCGCGCCCUGCUCUCGGAGCUCGCGGCCGACCUCAUCUGCACCCGCCUGCGGGCCGGCCGGGGCUUCGACCUCCCCGCGCUUGCGGGCCCGGCCAGCGGAGACGGGAAGGGCUGGGUCGAGAAGCCCGCCGACGACUUGGAGGGCGUGGCGCAGGCGGUGGACACGAAGAGCAGCAUGAAACUCGCGGAGGAGCUCGUCGAGGCUCUGGUCAAGAGGGCGGCCGCAGCAGACGCCGACGCCUCAAAGCCCGUGGUCGAGCGCAUGGCCAAGGCCGCCGACGCCAUGUGCGCGCAAGGCGUACCUCCUGUGGACAGCUCCGCUGCCUCCACCGCGCCCGCCCUCGCAAGCAGCAACCUGUCGAUCAUGCAGGAGAUGGCCGUGAGGGAACAGGUUGAUGCAGUCCGCAAAGAGUACACGAUGCGCAGACAGAUUCUCUUGCGACGUAUGGACCUCACGAUCCAGGUGAUGACCAUGAGCGAGAAGUCGAAAUCGGCCACCGCACAGCGCAAGAUCGCGGAGGUGCUGUCGUCGAUGUGGGCGGGUUGGCGCCGCAACGCAAAUGAGGCUCCCCCUAUC